AUGGACGCUGCAACACUCACUCGUACUUCGACCCCUUCUGUCGACCCAACCGGCCCUGCCUCGCGCGCACAGUCCCCGUCUUUGAGCAUCUUCGACGAGAUUCCAGCCUACAUCCCGGCACCUCGCGAACUAUCGCCGGCACAGGUAGAAGCCGAUGUCUCUGGAAAGCGGCGUCGCGUCACUGUAGAGGAUGUUGCGGACGAAGACAGCUCACCCUGGUCCUACGAACAUUUCCCCGGAGACAUCGCAACCACGUUGGGACCAGGCGUCACGGUGUUCCAAGAUCUCCGAGACAAACACAACGCGAUGCAAGAGGGCCUGCAUGCGCCCUUCCGUGACGAGGAGGAGUGGGGGGCUGCAAAGUGGCUGAUGAAGUAUGUGAACCAUACUGGCAUUGAGGAGUACUGCAAGCUGGACAUCACGCGCAAACGUACCAAGCUUAGCUUCCGGAGCAAGUACAUGUUCUUCAAGAAGAUUGAUGCACUCCCCGUUGGGCCGCAGUGGCAUUACGACCUUGUUACUGUCACGGGCGACCGUAUGGGCCCGAAUGGGCAAGCCCUGACCGAGGAGCUGGAAGUCUGGCGGCGCGAUCCCCUGGAGUGUAUCGCAGAGCUGAUCGGGAACCCGGCAUUCCGAGACUUCAUAACAUACGAGCCGACGAAGAUCCGAUGUGAUGGACAGCGGUACUACAGUGAGAUGAGCAGCGGGGACUGGUGGUGGAAAACACAAGCUCGUCUGCCCGCGGGCGCCACACUUGUGCCGGUGAUCCUUGCUUCAGACAAGACUACCCUCUCUGUGAUGCGCGGUGACAAGUCAGCGUGGCCCGUCUACCUCACGAUCGGCAACAUAGACAAGGCCCUCCGCCGCCAACCCUCCAGUCACGCAACAGUACUUCUGGGGUACGUACCUGUGGCCAAGUUAGCGUGUUUCACCGAUUCCACAAGAUCUGAGGCACAGUACCGCCUGUUCCACCGUUGUAUGAGUAGCAUGCUCGAUGCGCUGAAGGCUGCUGGAAGACAAGGGACCUUGAUGACCUGCGCAGAUGGUCAGAUCCGACGCAUAUUCCCCAUCCUCGCUGCAUACAUCGCGGACCAUCCGGAGCAGUGCCUCGUGGCAUGCUGCAAGGAGAACUGUUGCCCACGGUGCCUCGUUCCUCGACUUUGCAGGGGGGACACGACCGUCUAUCCCCUUCGUUCCCAGAGCGUCAGCGAGGACCUCAUGAAUCGAACAUGUGCUGGAGAAGACAUACUGGAGUUCGUUGAGCAGGGCUUGCGUCCCAUCCCCGAACCGUUCUGGGCAGGCCAUCCUCUCGUCGACGUUUUCGCGACCAUCACGCCGGACAUCCUCCAUCAACUCCACAAGGGUGUGUUGAAAGACCAUCUGGUUGUAUGGAUCACGAAGCUUGUUGGGAAGGAGGAUCUCGACAACCGCUUCAAGACGCUCCCCGAUGCUCACGGCCUCCGUCACUUCAAGAGUGGCAUCUCCCUCAUCUCACAAUGGACGGGAGGUGAGGCGAAGGAAAUCGCCAAGGUCCUUGUUGGCUUACUUGUUGGACGCGUCGACGGGUCGGUCAUCCAUUGCGUGCAAGCCCUGGUCGACUUUGUAUACCUUGCUCAAUACCCCGUCCACUCCGACACUACGCUGCUUCAGUUGCGCGAUGCGCUCGCUCGCUUCCAUGCUGAAAAAGAAGUGUUUGUAAGGCUGGGAAUCCGCGAACACUUCAACAUACCCAAGCUCCACUCACUGCUUCACUACGUCGACGCUAUCGUGGAAGUUGGGUGUGUGGACGGCCUAAACACCGAAACAUCUGAGCGGCUUCAUAUCGACUUCGCCAAGAAGGCCUACCGAGGGAGCAGUCGCCGGGAGUACUUCGCGCAAAUGACAACUUGGCUACAGCGCCAGGAAGCCAUCGUGAGGCAUGAAGCAUACAUCGCUUGGCGAGCGCAAGAGGAGGUCGGUGUUUCUAUAGAGGACUCCUCGGAUGGGACUGAGGGCGAGGACGACGAGGACGAUGAGGAGGAAGAGGAAGAUGAAGACGCAGCCGAACGGCAGGGCGCCCAUACUCCAGCCGAGUACAAGGUCCUCCUCAAGCCGACUGCCUCUCGUGUCUCCUUGCCACAGAUACAAACGAACUAUGGUGCUACGGGAUUCCUGGACGACUUGAACGUCUUUUUAGCCAGUAACCGGAGCCCCUCCCAUGCAGCCUCGCAUCUCCCGCCCAACCGCUUCGACUGCUUCGAUAUCUAUCAUUCUCUGUCUGUCCUGCUCCCUCCCAAUCGGCACGUAGCAAACUCCAAACGCGUCUGCAAGCUGCGGGCUGCCCCAUAUCGACCGCGCCGCGGAACCCAUGCUGCAACACCGGCGCAUUUCGAUACCGCUCUCUUCAUGGUAGAUGAAGAGCUCUUCCGCCGCGAAGGCGCGCUCCACGGUGUCUCAGCUGGGCGCGUGAAGGUCAUAUUCUACCUCCCUGCGCAUCUUGGCACCCAUAGCCAUCCUCUCAUGUUUGUAGAAUGGUUUAGACCGUUCCGGGGCCCAGAUAGAACGGGCGGGCUCUUGACUACAUCGCAUUCAACGUACCAUCAAGCACGACGGCAUUCUAUUGUCUCCGCCAGCAAGCUCCUUCGCCCUUGUCAUCUCAUCCCACGGUUUGGCGGAGAGUCUGUAGACAUCAACUGGUCUUCGGAGACUGUUCUCGACGAACCCGUGGACUUCUAUCUUAACCACUACUCCGAUUUCCACCUAUUCCAUGCCGCUCCUCGUUAA